GUUUUUUGGUGUCCCUGGACGACUUCUACAUCCUUGGCAGCGGCUUGGUGAUGCUGCAGACUACCAACAGUGUGUUCAACCAAAGCCUCAUUAAGCAAGUGGUGCCUGAAUCCCUGUUGGCUUGGCAGAGGGUCCGCAUUGCUAACAUGAUGGCAAACGGUGGCAAAGCUUGGGCAGAAACCUUCUCGAAGUGUAACUCUGGGACCUACAACAAUCAGUACAUGGUGCUGGACCUGAAGAAGGUCAAGCUGCAGAAGAGCCUUGAUGAAGGUGCAUUGUACAUUGUUGAGCAGAUCCCAACCCUUGUGGAGUAUUCUGAUCAAACAAAUGUUCUCCGGAAAGGUUACUGGCCUUCAUACAAUAUCCCUUUCCAUGAAAAGAUUUACAAUCUCAGUGGAUAUGCAGCAUAUGUUGAGAAGUAUGGCAUGGAUUUCUCUUACGAGCUUGCUCCAAGAGCAAAAAUCUUCCGUCGAGACCAGGGCAAGGUGACCAGCUUGGAAGGCAUGAAGUACAUCAUGAGAUACAACAACUACCAGCGUGAUCCUUAUGCUGAACACAAUCCGUGCAACACCAUUUGCUGCCGGGAAGACCUGAAUCCUUCUUUUCCAGUGCCUGCAGGCUGCUAUGACUCCAAGGUUUCAGAUUUCCGCCUGGCUUCAGCCUUCACAGCCACCGCAAUCAAUGGCCCCCCAGUGCAGGGCGGUCUCCCUGUCUUCACCUGGAGACGGUUUAACCACACACGACACCAGGGCCUGCCAGAAUUGUACAACUUUCAUUUCGUCACCAUGAGGCCGAUCCUGUAAAACCAGCAUCAAUAUUCCUGAAUGGUUUUUAUUUCUUUUUUAAAUGGAAAUUUUUAUUGCUCUAUGUAAUAAAUCGACCUGGAUGUCCACAUCCC